AUGAAAGGUUGCAUUCGACAAAUCGAACAUCUCAAUCCUAGUGGAGCAUUGGAACAAGAUAUUUUAACUUGUGCCAAAAUGUUAUUUGCAGAAGACCCAAAAUACACAAAGGGUUUCAAAUGUGACAAUAUCUGGAAUAUUCUCAAAGAUAUUGAAAAUUUUGGCACUGACACUAUGAAUACUGCAUCCAUGAAAUCGCGACAACAAAAUGCUAAUGCUGAUAGCGGUGCUACUUCUAAUAAAUGCCCUCCAGGGGUGAAAAAAGUAAAAAUGAAGAAAAAGAAUGAUGAACAAAUUGCAAAGAUUGCCAACCAAACAACUUUUCAGGAUAUUGUUAUCAUUUUCAAAAUUGCAGUGGUGCAGUACUAUGUUAUUCAGACUCGGGCAUGA